UUGUCAUUUUGUUUUUUCUUGAUACAGAUUACUGUAAAAGUGAAAGUUCUCACGGAACCGACGGAGAGACAUGGAGCAGGGGGAGAUUUUGUCUCAUUGAAUGUUAUAGAUUCAUUGUCCAAGACAGUGAAGGUGGCUUUCAUGCCUUUGACCAAGAAGACGAAAAUGAUCAGGGAUAAGUUUUAUCUGUUGAGAAAUGUUUCUGUCGGCCAGUUUGUCCGAAUUUCUGAGACGUCCAGGAUCAUGCAGUGUGGAAGAUUUUCGUUCCCAGAGGAUGUUGAAUGGGAGUUUCACAACCCGCCGGUUGUAACUGUAAGGGAGGCGUUGGUAUCACCCCGCAAGAGGCGCCUCUCUAUCACAGGGGAAUUGUCGGAUGUAUCGAGUGUAAUAACCACCCCAACAUCGAGACGUAAGAUACUAAAGUUAUCAAGGGAUGACGAAGAAAUAGAAGUGAAGCUAUGGGGGCCACAGGCCGACCUGGCCUUGCCCCCAGUUGGCCACACUGUGACAGUGUCAUGUGUCAACAUUGCCGAAUAUAGGGGCAAGACAGAUGCUAAUUCUACAGAAAUGACAGAAGUCCGGGAAGACAGUGAAACCACUGAUUUUGUGGGAGAAGUGGAAGGAGUCUGUUUUGAGAUGGACGAUUCUACUAUCAUCCUUAAGGAUGAAGAGGAGGUGUGUUUUUUAACACAUGACCAAGUUUUGUCCCUAUUCCCACUGGAGAUGUUCGAGGAGAGUGUCAGGGUGAAGGGGAAAAGACAAGGAUCUAGGAUACUUUCAGUUGAAAGGAUCGACGAAGAAAGUUCUUAA